AGAAGGAAGAGGCGGGGGCGGGGGGGAGAGCGAGCACCAGGAACGGCGCCUGCGCGGUGGGCGUGAUCCGGGCACUUAGGGCAGGAUGAACGCUGCUUUCCAAGAUGGCGACGGAGGGAGGAGGGAAAGAGAUGAACGAGAUUAAGACCCAAUUCACAACCCGGGAAGGUCUGUACAAGCUGCUGCCGCACUCGGAGUACAGCCGGCCCAACCGGGUGCCCUUCAACUCGCAGGGAUCCAACCCCGUCCGCGUCUCCUUCGUAAACCUCAACGACCAGUCUGGCAACGGCGACCGCCUCUGCUUCAAUGUGGGCCGGGAGCUCUACUUCUAUAUCUACAAGGGGGUCCGCAAGGCUGCUGACUUGAGUAAACCAAUAGAUAAAAGGAUAUACAAAGGAACACAGCCUACUUGUCAUGACUUCAACCACCUAACAGCCACAGCAGAAAGUGUCUCUCUCCUAGUGGGCUUUUCCGCAGGCCAAGUCCAGCUUAUAGACCCAAUUAAAAAGGAAACUAGCAAACUUUUUAAUGAGGAAAGACUAAUAGACAAGUCACGAGUAACCUGUGUCAAAUGGGUUCCCGGUUCGGAAAGCCUUUUCCUAGUAGCCCAUUCGAGUGGGAACAUGUACUUGUAUAAUGUGGAGCACACUUGUGGCACCACAGCCCCCCACUACCAGCUUCUGAAGCAGGGAGAAAGCUUUGCUGUGCACACUUGCAAGAGCAAAUCCACGAGGAACCCUCUCCUUAAAUGGACGGUGGGCGAGGGGGCCCUCAACGAGUUUGCUUUCUCCCCAGAUGGCAAGUUCUUAGCAUGUGUGAGCCAGGAUGGGUUUCUGCGGGUGUUCAACUUUGACUCAGUGGAGCUGCACGGUACAAUGAAAAGCUACUUUGGGGGCUUGUUGUGUGUGUGCUGGAGCCCGGAUGGCAAGUACAUCGUGACAGGUGGCGAGGACGACUUGGUGACAGUCUGGUCCUUUGUAGACUGCCGAGUCAUAGCCAGAGGCCAUGGGCACAAGUCCUGGGUCAAUGUUGUGGCAUUUGAUCCCUAUACCACUAGUGUAGAAGAAAGCGACCCUAUGGAGUUUAGUGGCAGUGAUGAGGACUUCCAAGACCUUCUUCAUUUUGGCAGAGAUCGAGCAAAGAGUACACAGUCCAGGCUGUCCAAACGGAACUCCACAGAUAGCCGCCCCGUAAGUGUUACAUAUCGGUUUGGUUCAGUGGGCCAGGAUACCCAGCUCUGUUUAUGGGACCUUACAGAAGACAUUCUUUUCCCUCAUCAACCCCUCUCAAGAGCAAGGACACACACAAAUGUCAUGAAUGCCACAAGUCCUCCUGCUGGAAGCAAUGGGAACAGUGUCACUACGCCUGGGAAUUCUGUGCCCCCCCCUCUACCACGGUCCAACAGCCUUCCACAUUCAGCAGUCUCAAAUGCUGGCAGUAAAAGCAGUGUCAUGGAUGGGGCCAUUGCUUCUGGGGUCAGCAAAUUUGCAACACUUUCACUACAUGACCGGAAGGAGAGGCACCACGAGAAAGAUCACAAGCGAAACCAUAGCAUGGGACACAUUUCUAGCAAGAGCAGUGACAAACUGAAUCUAGUUACUAAAACCAAAACGGACCCAGCUAAAACUUUGGGAACACCCCUGUGUCCUCAAAUGGAAGACGUUCCCUUGUUAGAGCCGCUGAUCUGUAAAAAGAUAGCACAUGAAAGACUGACUGUAUUAAUUUUUCUUGAAGACUGUAUAGUCACUGCUUGUCAGGAGGGAUUUAUUUGCACAUGGGGAAGGCCUGGUAAAGUGCCGGCAGAGCACUUCUGCAGGCAGGAGGACAGAAUGCGAGGUGUUCUCCAAGACCAGAACUAAAGGUGCCUGACAACUUGAGGAGAAGAGGGCACUGGAGAGGGGCGGGCAGGGCUCCCCCCUUGGACAUGCUUCUGAGUAAUGGCUUCUGCAAACCUGGGGAGGGACUGAGAAGGGGCAGCCAUGAGGAUUCCUGAUCUCAGAUGUGUAAAGUACAGUGCCACACUGCUUCCAUGAUAGCCACUAAGAGAAAUUGGGGGAGCAUUGUUAUAGUUUUCUCACCAAACUUUGAGCUUCCUUAUUGAAAUUUUUCAAGGUUUUUCAGCUUAAAUGAUACCAUGAUCAAGAUUAUCUUUUCUGACCUAACCUCUGGAAUAAAACACAGCAGUUAGCAAGCAGAGGCUAUCACCCACUGAGUGGGCACUGCUGUUCAAAUGUGCACUGAGCACAGAGAUGAAAUGCACAGACCAGGCACGGGAGUCUUGUCCUUCCUGGCAAGUGGGCAAACUUAGCCCCCUUGUGCAGCAUCAGGAGCCGUCAGAGCAGGGCAGUGGGGGAGCCUGUCUAUAUGUCCUGCUCUGGCUUGCUUCUUUUAAACAUUCCAUUGAUUCCAGAAGCCAGGUCUGUGCUGUGACUUUGACAAGGUUUCUGCACACUACUGGCAAAAGCUUGUCUGUGGCUUUCUUCUUGUUUGGGAACAGAGGAAUUAAAACCUGCCAAGAGGUCUGGAAAAGGGAGCCUUUGUAAAACUAUGCCUUCUUCCAAAAGCAAAUAUGUAAGAGGGAGUAGGCAAGCACUUUAAAAAUAGCCAGUAACUUUGGGGUCUAAAUUUAAUAGUGGUAAAGAAUCUUAAUCUGUCUUUUGUGAUUGAACCUCUUAGCGGUUUAGAAAUGUUCUGCAAACCCUGAGCUUGGGACUAAGCCUUAAGAUGGAACAAUGGAGGGGUAGAAAAACAGAAAGAAAUAACAAUGUUUCUUGUCUCAAAAUAUUCAGAAAUUGCAAGAAAUAAAGUGCCAUGACGCUCCCUAAAAAUCGGACCAGUUUUGAUGGGGUUCCAUAUUCUCCUCCAUAUAGUUUAACACCCAGUCCCAGUUGGCAGAUAGCCAGGCAGCCUCUUCUCCCCAGGUCUCCUACUUCCUCUGGUGCAUCUUAGAUAUUAAAAAAAAAUUAAAGUAUUAGAUUUUUGCUGAAGUUGGUAAAAUUGCCUUAUCACAUGUCUGCGCCUGAGAACAAGGUCCUUGUCACCUCUUUUUGGGGAGGAAGAGGUUUUAUUUUUUUAUUGAGCAAGCUCAAAGUGUGAGGAGGAAAAGCCAAAGAAUCAGGGAGGGCUGGAGAAGGAAUCCUUUGGAAAACCCAGAUGUUGCAUCUUGCUUAUCUGGCGUCCGAGAAAGAACUCUAAGCCGAAUUCAACUGUGCGUUUUCCGGUGAAAGAUAGAUGGGGUGCAGCAUCUCGUAUCAUGGUCUCUGGGUUUGACUGAAGGAGUCAGUCAGUGGCCCUUGUACUGCCUCCAAUACUGGUUGGCUGAAGGGAGCAGUUGGCCUCCGAAUGUCCAAUUGGCACCAUUGUGAUGGGUGUGUCCAUUGUGGUAGUCUCACUCUUCAGCUGUGAGAACUUCUGCAUGUGUGUAUAGGCCUAACAGGUGACUUGGAGACAUUGCCUCUGGCCUGGUCUCAUUUACAAAGGUGAAAGUUGAUAUGUCUACUGACCUGGGAGCCAGACAAGGGCCUUUCCUUCCAAAGUGUGCCAUUUGCCUUGGGCUGAUUGGGACUGUCACAUUGUUGGUUUAGGUUGAUAAGAUGCUCAGCACACUGGCUCCAGUGAUGUCCCAAAGAGAGGAAACAUUGAUCUGGCCAAAGUAAAGUCUGUGGCUCACCAUUUAAAAGCACUUAUAUUAACUGUUACCUUUGAAACUCAAGAUUCCAAGUUAAAAAUUGUAAGAACCUGUCCCUCCAAUAGAGGGAAGCUGUCCCAUCAAUGUUGGUUUUUUAUUCAUUGCUGCAUCUGUUACACGAACUUUGUGUCAUGGUUAAAUU